AUGGCCACACCCGCCCGACCUCCCCCCUCCCCGAUCGUUCUCUUUAUAUACCCCGCGACCUUGCUAUUAGGCUCACUGUUUUCGACCAUCUCACCAACUGCACAAUCCACAAGAAGAUUGGAAGCGCCGUCCACCCAGCCUGCAGGAGCUCUGGCACCCUCUCUGGCCGCCGACCUACACCUGUCUCAGAGUCCAGUCAACUACUUUGCGCGGAAGAACAACAUCUUCAACAUCUAUUUCGUGAAGAUCGGCUGGUUAUGGACAACACUUGCUUUCGCUUCGCUCAUCCUCGCACAACCGGCCUUCCGCUCUACCUCACAACAAACGCGAAUCCGCCGUACCCUCCAAGCAAUAUCUCGCUACGCACUUGCGACAACAGUAUGGUAUGUGAUGACACAGUGGUUCUUCGGCCCAGCCAUCAUUGAUCGCAGCUUUGUGUACACGGGCGGGAAGUGUCAAGAGAUCCUCAAACAGGCAGGAGAGGCGAGGUCGAAUUUGACUCCUUCUACUCAGCUGGAGACGGUUUUCUCGGCUGCUGCCUGUAAAUCGGCGGGUGGGAUAUGGGGCGGUGGUCAUGAUAUUAGUGGUCAUGUUUUUAUGCUGGUCUUGACUACGGCGCUUUUGGCAUUCGAGGCUAAUGGCGUUGGAGCCUUCUCGCUCGGUUCGCGUGCUGAGGGAGAUGGUUCGCGUGAGCGAAAGGGGAGUGACCCAAGUGAUGUCCGAGGUGAUCAGGAUGAUGGAUCUGGGCUAGCAAGGACAUGGUCGCUGCGUUUCGUUUGGGGCGUGGUGGGCUUGGGUUGGUGGAUGCUUUUCAUGACUGCAAUAUGGUUCCAUACAUGGACGGAGAAGUGGUCUGGCUUGUUAAUUGCAUUGAGCACUGUAUAUGCCAUUUACAUACUUCCGAGGAAGCUAGCACCCUGGAGGGAUAUUGUCGGUGUACCAGGGGCAUAG